GAUGAGAAAAUGAAGAUAUUCAUUUGCAGAAUCGGAGUCGACUCCGAAAAAUCCUAACGUUCUCAGCAUCUUGAACUGGAACAGGAGUCGACUCCAAAAGAAUCAGUCUUUCAAACUCACUUCCAGCUGGAGCGUUUCCAGGGCAACGCGCGAGCAAGUGCACGGGAUAUUUCGGCCCCGCCCACAUCUCGCGCGCCAUGAAUAUUCCCGCGCUUUUCUCUCCUGUGUGAGCCUGUGUGUGAGUUUAAAGGCUGAGGGAAGGCGGAUGGCUCACACACAGCCCGCCCUGACGCGCACUUCUCCAAGGCUUUUAACACUUCCUGAGAAAGAAAGGUAGCAACAACAAGAAAACAAAUCCCAAUAAAGGUCACAAUGGGAUCCAGCUCUUCGUCCUAUGCUCCUAAAACCGUGUACCUGGAUGUGGAUGGAAAAGUUCAGAGGGUCAUUUUCAGUCGACAUUGCAGUCCAUGUGACAUCAGAGAGUUGCUUUGUACGUCGUCCAACAUCGCUAGAAACACAGCUAUACUUUUAGUAGAUGCAGAAGGAGCACUGAUAUCUAUUGACCCCACCAUGCCUACGAACUCGCCGAACAACUUGUAUAAAGUAUUACCCCAUUCCAGUCAAGGAGGAGAGAAAGAAGACAUGUUUCAGAACGUUCUCUCUCAAGUGGCAGAGCAGUUCAGUCGGGCUUUCAGGAUAAAUGAGCUGAAGACGGAGAUGACCAACAGACUGGCGAUGCUGGAGAAAAGGGUUGAACUAGAGGGUCUCAAAGUAGUAGAGAUUGAGAAGUGUAAGAACGAUCUGAAGAAACUAAGGGAUGAGGUGACCUCUAGAGGCGGAGCAAGGGUGAGCUGCAACUGCAAAUACAAUUUCACAGACGACGGAAAGAAACUCUCUCCCCGACGUGAUGUUCCAAGUUAUCCAAAGUACACACUUUCCCAGGAGACUAUAGAGACUCUCAAGAAGCCCACCUUUGAUGUAUGGCACUGGGAGCAUAAUGAGAUGUUAAGCUGUCUGGAGUACAUGUAUCACGAUCUUGGACUAGUAAAGGAGUUUAACAUGAACCCCAUCACCCUUAAAAGGUGGCUGCUGGCAAUCCAGGAAAAUUACCGUGACAACCCGUUCCAUAACUUCCGCCACUGCUUCUGUGUCAGCCAGAUGAUGUAUGGCAUGAUCCACUUGUGUAACCUCCAGGAGAAACUGACGAUGACUGACAUGUGCAUUCUGAUGACGGCAGCAGUGUGCCACGAUCUCGACCAUCCAGGAUACAAUAACACGUAUCAGAUUAACGCUCGGACAGAGCUGGCCGUGCGCUAUAACGAUAUCUCCCCCCUGGAGAACCACCACUGUGCAGUGGCCUUCCAGAUCCUCGCCAUGCCAGAGUGCAACAUCUUCGCCAACAUCGAACUCGAGUCCUUUAAACAGAUAAGACAGGCCAUCAUUACUCUUAUUCUAGCCACUGAUAUGGCCAGACAUGGUGAGAUACUGCAUUCCUUCAGACAGAAAGUGGACAACUUUGACUUCACCAACGAGGAGCAUGUCAAAUGUCUGAAGAUGGUCUUGAUCAAGUGUUGUGACAUCUCCAAUGAGGUUAGACCAACCGAGGUGGCCGAGCCAUGGGUGGACUGCCUGCUGGAGGAGUACUUCAUGCAGAGUGACCGAGAAAAAUCGGAAGGUCUUCCUGUUGCUCCUUUUAUGGACCGAGACAAAGUAACCAAGCCAACAGCACAAAUUGGCUUCAUCAAGUUUGUUCUCAUCCCAAUGUUUGAGACAGUCAUGAAGCUUUUCCCUCAAAUCGAGGAGAUCAUGGUGCAGCCGUUGCGAGACUCUCGUGACCACUACGAAGAACUAAAACAGAUUGAUGAUGCCAUGUCACAAGCCCAGAAGAAGAAAACAGAGAGCAUGUCAUUAGGUGGAAAGAAGAAAUAGAACCAACCUUCUGCUUCCUUGUAACAAAAGGAGACAGUGCAGAGACAGGACAGGAAAUGAGCAGGAGAGAGAGACAGGGAGGGACCGGGAAACGACCCCGGGUCCCCGGACCCACGGCACGGCACCCCAGCCACCCGAGCCACAACGCCCCCACCUACUUUAUUUUUUAAUAUCAUGACUAAAGGAAAAUGAUUUACGUGAGUUGCCUGAACUUUUGUGAAACUUAAUGUUUACUUGACCAGAAUGUUGAAUCUUCAAGGUAUUAUAUUACUUUUUUUUUUCCCCAAUUGGAUUGUUGUUUCCAGUACUUUUCAUUUGAAUUAUGUUAUGGGUUUUUAAUUUAAUGUUCUGGCAGCAGUGAACCAGUAAAGUAAUUAAUUAUACACGUGUUAAACAUGUCAAAGCUCACACCAUGUUACAAAGUUCUAUUUAUUUACGCAAUACAUGCAUUGCAAGAUGUAUCAUAUUUACAUAUUUUCCUAGUAGUGUCUAAAAGCACUUGUAAAAUUGUUUUUAAUUUGCAAUUAUAUAUUAUUAUUACUAUUUUUUUUCACACAAAUUAAAACACGCUGGAGCUGAAAGCUUAUUAUCUGAAUCGGUUCUCAGGUACGUGGCAUUAUGUGGCAACACACUUAAAACUUACCUGAUAUUUUGUGUUGAAAUUAGCAGCAUUUUUAAUCACUGUGGACUUUAUGUAGGAAAUCAAAUUGAUCUAAUAUUUUACUGUAGCAUGUGUAUUAUUGUAAACGUGUUGAUUAAACGUCCUGGAAGAUAGCUGCGAGUUGAAAUGUUGGCCAAGUUAAGCAAUAAAAACCCUACAAAGUCA